CUGCCUGUGGUCUGUUUGGGCCCUUUUUUUUUUUACUCUUCUAUUCUAUCCUCCUCUGCAUCGUCCCCAGAUAAGUGUCAGUCGCUUCUCUGCUCUCGUCCUUUGCAGUUUUGUUGAGCGCCAGACCCCGUCACUCGCUUUGUUUACCCACCCCGACUCUCGCUGGACCCUGCCGAUAAUCUAUCAGCCGAUCUGCAUGUUUCAGGCCCGCUGGCCUAAAAAGACCGACCACCCGCUGCAGUUCCAUCGUCUUGUCAAUCUCUGGGCACCGUUUCCAUCGCCAUCGACUGCAUCAUCCGCUUAAUCUCAAUCGCUCGACACAUUGCACCUCCUGGUCUGAGAGACGAAUCCUCAUCACAGCGACGGGCCCACGUCGAUCGGACCCUGAAUUUCGCCAAGGGGGAUCACUCGACCCCUCGGUUUUCACCCACUCUCUACAACCUCCAUCGUCCGCACAGCCCGCACCACCAUCAUGCGUUCCCUAUACCUCCUACCCGCCUUGUGCAUCCUCCUCCUCCUGGGGACGAUCUCAUCGGCGUUCCCCUCCCCUGGGGACGAUUUGGCGCACGGUCAAUUCCUGCGGCGAGCUGACACCACAGCAGCCGACAGCGCCACGACCGGACAAGCCGCCACGACCGGCAAGAGUGCAGCCAAGACCGAUUCCGCUACCGACUCGGCCACCGACUCGGCCAAGGAGACCGCUUCAGGGACGAAAGCCACCGGCAAGGCCACGGGCACCGCAACUGGGACGGCCACUGGCACCGCGACCGGGACCGACACGAAGAGCGGGACCGAGACGGGAUCCGGUUCAUCGACCAAGAAGGGCAGCACGAAAACCACGUCCAGCAACUCGACGACCACCAAUGCCUGGGCCGGUGGCAUCUCGAUACUGACGCCCGCGACGACGACCACGACGUACUACAAGAUCGGCAAUUCGGUGACGUUCGCCUGGAACUACACCUCGCUGGACGUGACGCCGACGGCGGUCAACGUCAUCGCCUCGUGCAGCCUGAACAGCCACAAGUACACGAUCACGCAGAACAUGACCGUCAAGGAGACCAACAAGGUCGUCUGGGACACGGGCGAGUACAAGGCCAACGCGACGGUCCCGCUGCUGACCGCCUCGUACACGCUGAUCGUCUGGGACGCCAGCAAGGCCAUCUCCGACACGGCCAAGGGCGGCCACCUCAGCGCCGCCAGUUACACCUUCGCCAUGUACAGUCCGCAGUCGUACACGCCAUUGAAUGGAUUCGUCUGCGCCACCUGCAGCGGUGCCCUCUCCGAACUCGAACGCCAAGGUCUCAAGUUCGUGUUCGGCAUGGUCCUCAUCACAAUCACCACCUUCACCUGGUUCGCCGGUGACUUUGGGGUCUUUUCCACGUAGGGCGAUUUUGUGUACAAAUGUUAUGAAAGCAACCAUCCUAUUUCUCAUUUUCUGUUUUAUCUCGCACAGAAGCAAAUGUAAUCCUGCAUCAUGGUUUGGUUGUGCAAAGCGAAGGGUUUUCUGUUUUUCGUGCUCUCCUCAUAUCCAUGAAUAAUAGCGAACUCGUUCUUUACCACAUGUGUUGUUUCAGUUGGCGUGUUUUUUUUUUUUUUUUUUU